GAGGAGCUGCGUGUGGAGGGACACAGCAGAGCAGCGUCGGAGGGCAUCCUGAACAUGAUCCGCAGCACCCGCACGCUCGUGGCAGACUACUUGUCCGGUCGUCUGUGCGUGGACGCGGCUCGCCCAGCGUCACACGACGAAAUCUGCGCAGGGCCUGCGCAGGCGCCGCCAACGGCCGUGCGAUACAACCGUCAGCAGGAGCGCUUCAAGAGUCUUCUAGACCGAGCUGUGUCGCGCGCCAUGACAUACCGCGCCACAGUGGAUGAGUCCCAGGCUGAUGACCUCAGACAGGAGGCGCAUGCGGAGGCGAAGGUGCUGGUGUGCAUGGGCAAGCCAGGUUCGGGCAAGACUACUGUCUGCCACCGCAUGAUCGAAGAAAUCCUGCCGGAGGGCGGGCGCGUCCUUUUCGCUCUUCCGACCGCGCAGCUCGCCAGUCGCAUGAGGGAGCGCUACGGUCGCCGCAUCGAUGUGGACACUUGCCACGCCGCAUUCGGACUGCACGAGGACGGGGUCGGCUCGCACAUGCCGCUGCUCGCGCACUACGACCUGACGGUCGUCGACGAGGUCUCGCAGCUGGAGGGCCGGCACACUGACCGCAUCAUCCAGCUCUGGGAGAUGUCCGACCGUGUGCCCGUUCUGGUCUUCUGCGGAGACAAGUGGCAAAUGUCUGGCUUGGGCGACGUGCGGCCCUGGCACACACCCAAGUGGAAGUUGGCUACAUUCCGCACAGACUUCCAUCAGAGCUUCCGAUGCCAGGACCCUGCCUUUGAGAAGCUGCUCAACAAACUGCGGACGGCCAAGCCCACCGCAGUCACUUUGAAGCUGCUGCAGAAGAAGAAGGCGUGGUCGCCUCCGGGCCCGCCCACAGUGCGAGGCGUGCAGCGACUCCUCCAUAUGCAUCCCAACACGACCAUUCUGACCUGCGCCCGCUUCGGCGCCCAGGUGGUCAACGAUUGCGCCCUGGAAGCAAUCUUCCCAUGCCAGUCCCCGCUGGUCGAACUGCCAGGGGACAUGGAAGCAAACCCCGCUAACUACGUUGAUGGCAAACUCAAGCCAGACUCCGAGCUCCGCCCGCUGACCGUCCCCGUCUUCGAAGGAAUGCAAAUCUACCUGACGAAGAACGUGCGGAAGGACUUGGACUAUGUCAAUGGCAUGCGAGCCACCGUUCUCUCGUACACUGCAGCCUCCAAGGCUGUGCGGGUGAGAACGGCGACCGGUCACAUCUUUGACGUCUGGAGGUGGACAGAUGUGGAGCACGGCAAUCUCACCUACUACCCCAUGAGACCUAGGUAUGCCAGCACCAUACUGAAAUUCCAGGGGGCAGAACUAGACCACGUGACGGUCUACCUCGACGCGAAGAACAUCCCGGGGGCCGCCUACACCGCCCUGAGCCGCGUUCGCCGCAUGAGUGACUUUCUUUUGGGCGGAAACCUGGAGGCGCUGCACUUCACGCCGGCCAGGAACUGA